UUAAAAACAGUGGAAAAGCAUGGCGUUCCAUAAAAGGGUGAAAGUGAACCAUCUUUCUUUAUCAAUUACCAAACAUAUUUCUUCAUAACCUUCUACUGUAGCACCAUAGCUUAUACUAUACUAUACACCCUAUGCACCUCACCAUGGCUUCUUCUUCUUCUCGCUCAUACCAAACUCAUCUUAAAAACACACAACAAGAUUUCAAUUUUCUCAAAGAUGAAAAAUCAUCAAAACCUCUUCAAGAUGAUCAAGAAGAAGAAGAAGAUUGGCUAAAGUUAGGGUUAGGUUUAGGAACUAGCACAUCAUCAUCAUCAUCACCAUGGAACAAAAUAGUAAGUCAUAAUCCAAUUUUAGUUUCUCCAUCAUCAUUAUCAUCUACUACUUCACAAAAACAAUGCUUCCCUCAAAUAGGAUUAGGGUUAGGGUUUCAAGAUUAUGAAUCAAGAAAAGGUAAAGAGGGUGUAGAAAACUUGAAUUUAUCUAAUGAACAUCAUUACCAUCAUAAUGAUGAUGAUAAUGGUAAGGUUAUAGGGUCAUCAUCAUUGUCAUUAUCAUCAUCAUGUGAAAUCAUGAAUCCUCGUGGUGAAGACUUGGCUAUGAAGUUUCCUAGUGAUUCUCAUCAUUACUUGGCCAGAAAUAGUCACAACCAAUCUGGUUUCUGGUUUACCCUACGCUCCUUUACCAACCGGAAUGGUGAAGCUUUACCUCAAAUAUCAAAAGAAUACAUAAGAGUAAAGGAUGAAAACAUGACGGUGUUGAUGGUUAAAAAGUAUCUGGUUACAAAACUAGGUCUCUCCAAUGAAGAUGAGGUUGACAUCUCUUGCAUGGGAGAAAGCUUGUCGCAUGUCCACACUCUGAAGCAAGUAAGAGACACUAUUUGGCUCCCAAGAUUGGUUGAAUUUGUAGAUUCAACUACUUUGUCACUUGGAGAUUUCCAUGAGGUGACCAUGAACCAUUUGAUGUCACUAAUUUACCAAAAACAUUAUAUAUUGAAUUGAUAUUAACAAGUAGGGUUUACUAAUAUCAUCA